AUGCUUCUUUUAGUUUGCUUGUAUACACCCAAACUCUACAAGCGGUACGUAGAUGAUACUUUCACAAUACUACCAUCUGACAAAGUCACAGCAUUUUUAAAUCAUCUUAACUCCAUAAACCCCAAAAUUCAAUUCACUAUGGAGUCAGAGGCAAACAACUCCUUAGCUUUCUUAGAUGUUUUGGUUAUCCGUAACCCUAAUAACACCUUGAGUCACACUGUGUAUCGGAAGAAAACCCAUACAGACAAAUACCUUCAUGGUGAGUCCCACCACCACCCAACACAGUUAUCUACCGUUGGUAAAUCAUUGUUUCAGAGAGCACGUGGGAUCUGCGAUGAACAACACCUGGGUGCUGAGCUUCAACAUGUUAAGCAAGUACUGCACGACAACAAGCUCCGAGUACCACGCCCUCGUCGCAGAACCCGCGUGAAACCAGCCACAGUUGAGCGUCUACCUGCUGUUCUUCCAUACAUAAGAGGAGUCACAGACAAGAUUGGCUACAUCUUGAAGCGAGCUUCAAUCAAAACCUACUUCAAGCCGCUGAAGAAGAUUAGUCAAUUCUUACCACCUGUCAAGUGUCACAUACCUCUACAAGAUGCGGGUGUAUACAAGCUUGAAUGUGAUUGUGGUCUCUCUUACAUAGGCCAAACUAAAAGAAGCAUAGGGACCCGCGUAAAAGAACACAUCGCCGAUGUCAAACACCGCCGUUCCAGACAGUCAGCAGUUUGUGAACACACACUAGACAAGGCCCAGCAUUACAUCAGAUUUGAUAAACCACAAGUCCUUGCAAAAGAAAACCGAUUCCUACCUAGGAUGAUUCGCGAGGCUAUUGAAAUUAAAAAACAUCCAAAUUUCAAUAGAGAAGAUGGCUGGGUCAUACCACCUGCUUGGAAUCCCAUCAUAGAAACUAUUAAAUCAAAAUCCAAGCCUACAACUGCUCGACCUAAGGAUACAGUUAGCUCGUUUUGCGUGAAUCGGAUUGUCAAUAAUAAUUAACAAAAUGUAGGGUAGCUGUUUGUAACUAAUAUAUCAAGACGACCAACACCUUAGUCUGCCCGUGACCAUGGAUGCUGUAAAGGAUCCGAAACGUCGGGAUUAAAUAAUAUAAUAUAACCGCGAUAAAAUCCGUAAAA